UAGGCACAUUAACGCACUUGUACGUCACAGCUGAUGGAAUAUUAUUUCAUUUUGGCAGGACUGGUCACACCUUUUUCGAUAUUUAUUCCGUCGGUUUCUCGGGGUGUCAUAUUGGUCUCGCAUGGUAGCGAAUGUCCUCUAUACGAUACCUUUCACUGUUAUUCUAUUCUAUUGCCAGGAAGACGUCUUAUAAUACAGAAGGCACAGUAACACUGAACUCGGAGGAAGGCGGUUGAAGUAAUUGACAUAGUGGGAUAUAGGAUGUAAAUCCAUUAGCAGACUCAAUGGCCAUGUACAACAGUUUCUACGCCGCCGAAAUGGGGUCUAGCAUCUGCGACGAAGCUUCUAGCGGCUAUAGUAGCAGCAGCGGUCUCGGUGAAUUGGACGGAACGCUUAAUGAGACAUUGUUCGAGCGGGGGAACGCCUCGCUGGGGCUGACAACCUUUGGGGUUAACGGUUCAGGAUGUGAUGGGGGUAUUAGCCAAAAUUGGCCCAUGUAUUCCGCGAUAGCGGCCAGCAACAAGUACUUCAUUCCUAUCGUGGUGUGUAUCGGACUGAUAGGCAACGGCGUCUCAUUCCUGGUGUUUGUCUCCACGGGGAUGCGCAAGCUGUCCACCAGCGUCUACUUAGCGGCGCUGGCGUUGACUGACUCAGGAUUCUUAUUCUGUAUAUUGUUUGGGGACUGGAUAGAGCGGGUGCAUGACGUCAAUCAAACAAUUCACAGCUGCCGCCUGAUGGUUUACCUGACCUAUGUUUUUAGUUUUCUCUCCGUGUGGUACGUCGUUAGCUUCACGGUGGAGCGUUAUAUAGCCGUCUGUUACCCGCUAAAGCGGCCCGAGAUGUGCACGACGCAGCGCGCGGUUCUCGUCACCGUCACUCUGGCGGUGGUGGCGUUUGGCGGAUACAGCGUCUCCAUGGCGACCGUCUCGGUUCAAGAGAUGAGGUGCGUCCCGAAUUACGACAACCCCCAAGUGGCUAACAUACUGAACUACGUGGACACUGUAGUGACCCUCCUCAUCCCGUCUAUAUCUUUGUUCUAUUUCAAUGCAAGGAUUGCCUACAUUAUAAUCAUAGCCAGCAAGAAACGCGGGUCCAUGAUGCGGGUGCCGAAAAUGCACUUCCGGUCGGAGAGAGCCAGACACCAUCUUCAAAUGAACAUAACCAAUAUGUUAUUACUUGUAUCUGUGGUGUUUCUAUUGCUCUGUGUCCCCAGCUACGUGAUAAGGCUUCGCCACCUUAUGUUGAAAUUUAUAAACCCAAACUACGUCGCCCAAGAAAUAGACGGAAUAAUGCAAUUCCUCUCGCAAAUGCUGUACUACACAAACUUUUGCAUCAACUUUUUCUUGUACAGCUUUUUCUGGUUCAAAUUUUCGGAACGAAUUACAGUACUGUUGCAUACGACUCCACUUAUUACCCCGAAGAACAGCGAGGUUGAUGUCGUCAUGGCGAAGCUCUCAGGGGUCGUCUGCCAAAAAGGGAGGGUAUCUUGAACCACGCAAUUGCCACGCAUGCGCCAAAGCGGAAUCCUAUUCCAUCCUUUCCAACGGAAAGAUGUUACGUGUAGAUCAACACAAUGGACACGAAAUGCAUGAACUGACUCUCAUCACCAAAGAUUCGUGAUGAAACAUUACCUCUUAAAACUCUGAUGUUAACAGAAUUGUGCUUCAUAUAUACUAAGUGAGACCUUAAAAUACAAAUGCUGGGUUACCGUCCCAGUUGUACAUGUACAUGUAUAUGAAUGCAUGGACAAACACGGUAAUAUUGUGCAGUACAUGUGCAGGUACAAAAACAUGUAAAAAUUACAACAUAGUUAUUUCGCGUAAAAAUAUAUAUGCGGAAACAUGUGGACACAAAAUGUGUUUUGCAGGAUGUCAUGAGGAGUCAAGCUCACACUAGUACCGUGCGUGACUUGUCCGUGUGUGAAUUAGGAAUAUUCGGUAUCAGUCAUAAUGGAUUUAAUAAAAAAAGAAGUCAUUGGGUUAUUUUAGAAACACUCGUUAUUAGAAGGCGCUGUUGAUACAUUGCUCGAAAACUUAACAAGCUAAGAACGAGUAACACGUGUGGGAUGUUUACAUUGCUUGAUAUAAUACAGUUUGUGUACGUCUUCACAUUUAGAAAGGUUAUCUUAGAAUUCUUAAGCACUUCCACACACAAAGGAGAAAAAAGUAAUCAAAAGUCAAUACAGUAAUGCAGUAUUACAUAACCUAUCCAAUCGUCGAUAACAAAAGCAAAUCCAGGCAUCAGAACGAUUUGUCAGAUCAAGGAGCGCUUCAGAGAACUCUUAUCCUAAUGGAGACCUCUUUCUGGAAUUCACUGUAUGCUACGCACGUUAUCCAGAACGAGAUCCCCACGCAGCCGGGAUGGCAUUUCAAGCGUGGGAGAUAUCAGUAAUAAGAGCGCUUCUGAUUAAUCUAUAAGCUAAUGAAUAACGUUGCAACGUAAUCUCGGGUAACUCAACUUCGCGGGAUUUCCAUAAUUAGGCUUAGGAUCUCUUGAAUGGAUUUAUUCGGAUUAUUUGGGAAUUGUAUAAUUCAAACAAUUUGAAAAUUUCAAAGACUUGGUAAUUUUUAAAAGUCAGUGAUGGAUUAUACAUUUUUUAUAUUUAUGGCAAUGUCGUAUCUCACCAGUGAAUAAUGUAAAUGCAUUAGAUUUCUAAUUAUAAA